AUGGACAUUAUUGAUAUAGUCGACAACGGUGCUGAGAACGAGGACAUCAUCUUUGACCUCACAAACCGGACAACAAACGUGGAUGUGGCUCACAUCGUAUCGGUCACUACUUGCUUGACUGGUACACACGAGGUCGGUUUCCGGGAAAGAGCGUUCAGUGUCACAUUGACAAGUAUGAGUACCCUGGCAGCUUUCACCGCGGAACUAAAGAUACUCCGCGGACUGCCUCUCGGAAGUCCUAUGAGCAUAAUCAUUCGCUACUAUCUGGACAACAAUGCCUCCUUGGACGAUGUACGGCUCGAUGCUCUCGCGCUUUUGCAUGCGACGGGGUGUCGCUACCUAUCAAAGCCUGUGUGCAUCGAGGUCUACAGCAAAUCUGGCACCGCCCCAAUAAACAGCUACACUAUAUCUCUUGAGGAUAUACGACAGAGCAUCCUUCUCUUCAUGUACCAGAUCUUCAAGAAAAGUCCAGAGCACAUGCUAGCGCAACUACCAAGGAUCUGGAUGAGUGGCAGGGGCGAAGCGCGGGAAGCCGAGUGGGACUUGAGCAAGUGUUCUAUCAAGCCGAUCGUAAAUGAGAACGUGGGCAUCAGCUCGACAAUCAUUCAAUCACGCUACGAAGAAAUUAAAGGGAGCGUGACAGCGAGCGACAUGAGUGCGACACCCGGUACCGCAGCCGGUGGCGCGACUCCCGCUACCGUCAGUGACGCAGAAUCAAGCGACAUGGCUAUCACCAAGAUCGCGAACACGCAAAAAGACACGGAAGCGGCGACUUCAACGGACAACGUUCCGCCGCCAGUAUCGCACCCAAUCGACCCGAAUGCGCCUUCAUUGUUGAAUCUGCCCGGAGAAGUUCGCAACGCCAUCUACGAGGCACUCUUCAUUCACGAAUAUCCUAUUCAGAUCCAUGCGAAGAACAUCAAUCGACUCGGCUACCACUCCGGCUACCGCUCCGACAGGAUUAUCUCCGGAACUGCGCUCCUCCAGUCAUGUUGUCAAAUCCAGUAUGAGGCCACUGGUGUCUUGUACGCACGAAACGUGUUCCGUUUAGGGCUCCCCGAAGAUGCGGACCAGCGUAGUGGCACUAUUUGGGCUAUGGACUGGCUUCGCAUAAUUGGCAAACAGUCGUCUUCUCUUCGCGUCAUCCAGCUUGAUGUCAACAACUUGCUUGACGCCGACGAAACCUUAGAAGUCCUACCAAUACUGGAGCAUACCUGGAAGCUGGAACACAAGAAAAUGAACGUCCUAUUUGUGGCACUACUCGAAGUGCACAGUAGUAAAUCAUACUUCCAAAGCAAUCGGGAAUGGUCCGCCAGCCACAUGGCUAGGAUUAACAAAAGCUUGAGUACGCUCACCGCUGAUCCCUCGAACCUUCUUAGGAAGUAUUGGAAUUCUAAAAUGCUGUUGAGGGUCGGACUCGAUACAGAUGAAUCGGAAGUAUACGUUUCAUACCGCCAUAACGACUCUGGUGGUGGUAACUGGAUGACGAAAAGCCGCAUGUCAAUCAGCGAUGAAGGCGAGCUGCGUGUGAUCCCGCCGAACAGGAACACAGAGUUUUGCGACCUCAUGAGUAUAUACUCCGUUAGGAAGAGGCUUUUCGAUUUGUUCCAGCCCCCAGGAGUUGAACUAACCUUCGACUUGGCGCACCAGACUACGAACAGCAACCUUAGAAGCCUAGCUGGGGUGAAUCGUUGGUUACGUCACGAAGCCAUCUCAGAAGUCUGCGAUGUCAAUUCAACCUUCAACUCAGCAACUUCGACGCCGAAAUACAACUUUGCGACCGAGCUGGAGAGAUUCACAGCCAUCCGACUACGGGGUCGCCCACGCUACUUUCAUCUGUAUUUCGACCUACCGAAGCACUCUACUCUUGAAGAUGUUCGGUUCGAUGCACUGCUACUUUUAUCUGCGAUGGAUUCGGUCAACCGCAAAGUCCAUUUAGAGAUCGAGACCAACUAA